GCUAACGUCCCUCCUUCCUCAGUCAGUCCUCCCUCGUCUUCUUGUUCAGUUCGCUUCCAAACUAAGAAAAGGCAACGGUUGUGGACUCCAUUUUCCAAACCAUAAUUCUGUAAUCUACUCCUAAAAUUCUUAAUUUCUCGCUAUUUUCUAUUACUAGUAAUUUGCAAUGUCUCUCUAAAGUCUAAAAAGGAGGAAAAAAGGUCUCUGUGCUGGAUCUUUGACUACGUCCAUGGAGGAAUCUCACAGCAACCUUCCUACUAGCCAUUUACUGGGCUCUGUUCCUGCUGUGGUCAGUGAAGAAAAAAGUAACAUCACGUAUGAAGUCCCUGAAGCAAAUAUGCAAACAUUCCUAUCAAAUAAUAAUGGAGGAGGUAGCAGCCGGGGUUAUCAAACUCUUCGAAGUCCACCGGAAGGAUUUGAGCAACAACCACCUAACAAUUGGAAAGGGGUAUUCAGUGUUUCAUCAUACACACAGUAUUUCAAUGUGGAUACAGACGUUGUCAUAAACAGAAUGAUGAGCUCUUUUUAUCCUGUUGGUGGGGAUUUUUUCAGCAAGAUUGAUGCGAACCCUGAUCUAUAUGGGCUUGUCUGGAUUUCGACUACAUUGGUCUUUGUGCUAGCUUCUCUUGGAAAUUGCGCCACUUACCUCAUGCAGAAACACACUGACAGCAGUGCUUCUUGGAGCUUUGAUGUUGGAUAUGUAAAUGUAGCAGCAUGUGCAAUCUAUGGAUAUGCAAUUGUUGUACCAUUGGCAUUUUAUUUCUUGCUUCAGUAUCUGGGAACAACUGCUAGCCUCAUACGGUUUUGGUGUAUGUGGGGCUACUCUCUCUUUAUUUUUAUUCUGAGCUCUAUUCUGCUGGUUAUUCCAGUCGAGAUACUCCACUGGAUCAUUAUACUUGCUGCUGGGAUUGACUCAGCAUGCUUUGUUGCUGUGAACCUCAAGUCUUGUAUUGAGGGGAAUGAUCUUACAAUAGUGGUGUUUGCAGCCUUCUUUUUGCAGCUAGCCCUGGCAAUCUUCAUCAAGGCCUGGUUCUUUCCCUAAGCCCUUAUUCUUACCACGUGUGUCUGCAGACUACAAAACACUACCCUCAGGAAUUUUUCUGGGCUAUGAGAAUCUUACAGAUUUUGUUAAUGGUCCGAGUUGCUCUGCAGUUAGUAAAGAAACAGAUACAUAAAAAAUAAUAAAAAAAAAAACUACUGAGGUGUUUCUUUGACGAGUGGUAAUUAUUAUAGUUGCUAAUUGACUUGAUUGGAAUGCCUUGGAUAUGGUUUAGCAUAUAGCAUUUAGCAGACUAAAGCAAGUAGAUGGGUAAAGCCAGUUGAUAAAAUUCAGUUUUUACACU